CUGUGCGGUGGCGCAGAUCUGAGUCAGAUAUGGCGCGAAGUAUCGUGUCUGAACAAACCAUAACUGGUUACAUUCUAGCAAACAAGGAGGAUGAUGAUGUAGAAAACGAAGAUGAAGAAGAGGAAAUACAGACAGAAUUUUUGGACAUGAAGGAGGUGAAGUCGGUAUCAUCUGGAGGAAAAGUGUUUAAGUUCUCCGUACCUGCUUCCAAAGAAGUGUCAUUCAUGGCUAAUAAUGAGAUUGAGCCAUACAAGGUUAAGGGCCGUUUUCACCUUUGUGAUCCAUGGUGGGAGGUAACCUGCACAGUUCGCCGUGUCAAUAAGCACAAGUUUUCUACCAUCCCCUCCAGCUAUCCCUCCUACAGUGUCCGCACAAAUCUGAGUUCAGACUCAGAGGACCAUUCCCUUGUGCCUCUUUUUCUUAAAGCAUGUGGUGCAAAACCUGGGUUUGUUACAGAGUUUAUGAAAUUUUUGUCCAAAAACGUGGUGGAGCUUAUCAAUGUGCUGGAUGUCCUGCAGGAUUUUGAAGAUUCAGCACUAAAUCAUAAAGCUGCGGCUCAAGAGCUCAAGUCAAAUCUCAAGAACUCAGUGGCUUGGACACAUGUGAUAGUUGCCAGAAAAUACCCUCAAAUCAUGAAAUACUUGCCAACAUUGUUACCAGGCCAGUUUAUGGACAUAAUAAGCAAUGGAAAGAUGAAAAACUCCCGGGAUACCACUGAAGAAACUCCGGAGCAGCAGACUAACACGCACGUAUUGGAAAAACUGGAGCAGUUGAUAAAGACUGAUGUUUGGAAGUUGGGCUUCCACUAUAUCAUGUUUAGAGAAUUCCAUAUGAUCAGAUGUGAAGCAAAGCUCGAAGCUUUCAAGGUUUGUAAUUUGCUCAGCCGAAUGACUGGGGAGCAGCGUAACGGCUUAGAAUUGUAUGCUAAACUCAAAGACUACUGCAGAGACACUGGCAGCACAUACAUUGAACAGAAUAUGCUGCUGGAGAAAAUGCAACAGUGGAAAAUUGAAGAUGCAGGGUUCUCGUUCCUUCACAAGCAUGAUGUGCUGAAACUGGAGAACAACAAGGUGGCACUUCACAACUUCUUCAGCUAUGAGAAAGGCAUUGCUGAAUGCUUGAGGGCCCUGAUUGAGGGAGAACCCUGGGUGAUCGACUUGAAUGUGAGGAAGGUUCUUCAAAGAGCUCAUGAUGACUUAAAUCACUCUGCUAAAGAGUUAGAUGAGGAUCAAGUGCGAGCAGCAGAAAUGAUGUGCACCAACCCGGUGACGGUGAUCAGUGGGAAAGGAGGUUGUGGGAAGACCACAUUGGUCUCCCUAGUGUUUAAGAUGGCCAUGGAGAAACAGACCAGAAACAGUGACAGUGAUGAAAAGCCUCCUAUUGAAGUUCUCCUCACUGCUCCUACAGGGAGAGCUACUUCAGUUCUUACUAAAAGAACCGGCUGCACUGCUUAUACUUUGCACCAGGUUUUAUGGAGCUUCAUGAACAGAAAAAAACAAGAAAAUGGAAAUCUUCAAGAAUGGAAGUUCUCGAAGGUGCGGGUGCUGGUGGUCGACGAGGGGAGCUUGGUGUCUGUUCAGAUGCUUCACUCUGUUCUCAGCAUGCUUACCAAACACGCAGAACUCCAGAAGUUCAUCUUCUUGGGAGAUGUGAGACAGUUGCCCAGCAUUGAACCUGGAAACACACUGUACGAUCUGUUUGAAGGUUUCAGGAAGGUCCGGUGGGCUAUUGAGAUGCGGACCAACCAUCGUUCUGAGUCUGAGCUCAUCGUCAGAAACGCUGGACUUAUCUCAGAAAUGGGAAAAAAAAGACGUUACAAUCCUGUGGAGUUUGAUGCCACCAUAAACAUGACAACACCCUCCACAGUGCCAUCUGACAAAAGUUUCAUUUUUGUCCAAGUCAGUGAGAAGGAUGAUGCGCUCCAGGAAGCCCUUAAAUUCUUACUCAAGGAAGCUCCUGGUCUCAAAGAUCAUAAAUCAUCACAGAUUGUGGCAUUUAUGAGGAGGGACUGUCAGUUGAUCAAUGAGCUUUGCUGCAGGCAUUAUUCACAUCAUGUUACAAAGACUCAUGAAAAUAAAAUAUACUUUGAAGUUGGGGAUAAAGUAUGCUGCACAAAAAAUGGCUAUAUCUCAGAAGCAGAUAAUGACAACAUGGAAGAAGCGCAUGCACAUGAUAUUGCUGGAACGUCCCAAGAUAUUCCAAGUACCCAAAGAAAAAAUGAACAGAAGCAAGUGAAAAAAGAAAGAAUGUGCAAUGGGGAAAUUUUCUUCAUUAAAGCGGAUGUAAUUGACAAGGAUAUGGGAGCAAGAUGCAAAACAAGACGCUACUUGACCCUAGAUGAUGAAAACGGCCGUGUGGUGACUUCUAACUACAGUGAACUACAGAAAGAGUGUAAACUGUGCCAUGCUUGGGCAAGAACCAUUCACACCUUUCAGGGCUCGGAGGCUGAAACAAUUGUGUACGUUCUUGGAAAUACCUUUGUUCAAAACUGGCAGCACGUAUACACUGCGGUGACGCGCGGUCAGAAGCGUGUGUAUGUGGUGGGUAGAGAGCGUGAUCUAGCAAGAGCCAUUGAGAAAAGGAUCACCCCUCGUAACACACGACUGCGUGGCCGUGUCAAGGAGAUAGUUGCCCAACUAAAUUUUGAGGACUCUUUCACUCAGUCUGAUUGCAGUCCAGACUCAAAGCGUCAGAGAGUGAACUAAUAAAAGUGACAGAGUAAAACAUCUGUAAAUGAUCAAAAGUACACUGAUAUUCUUUUUAACCUAUGGCCUACUCUUGCUCUAGCAAACCACUUCAGAAGAGUAUCCAUUGGAAAGCAGAAACUGAAGUCCCAAAUAUCACAGCAAGGAGAUGAUGAUUCCCUGAUGAUUCCUAAUUCAAGAUCUAAUUCAAACCAGUGCAAAUACAAAGUCUCAGGAUAUUUACUUUAAAACAAAUAUGCUGUAUUUGAAAGAAACGAUUGCACUAUUUCUUUUUCAGUAAUGAUAGAAUACAUUUUAUUUCUAUUAUUGUUAACUUUCUGAAAUUAGGUAGUCUUAAUAAUGCAUUUGUAUAAGUGAUUAUACUAUUGACAUUAUGUGGCACUGUCUUACCCAGGUAUAUGAAUAUAUUAUAAUAUAUCAAAUAUUAAUCAUGUAAUCAGAUUUUGUGUGUGUGUGUGUUUGUUAAAUUUGAAUUAUGCUUUUUAUUACAAUAUAACGUAUUUGUUCUCAGCUCUGCAUCUUCUCUAUUUUACUUUUGACUGGAUAUUCUAACUGUUUUGAUGGCAUGUUUUUAUGUUAUUUUUUAUUUUUAUUAUUACUUUGUCUGAAUGGCAUGUAAUGGGAUGUGCACGUCUAACAUUUCGGCACAAUUGUCAAUAUACAAUGAACAUUAAAUAAAUAUUAAGAAUGAUUAAAAUAA